CCGCCAGCUCUUCCGGGAGCCCGGGGCAUGAACGGCUACGGCUCUCCCUACCUGUACAUGGGCGGCCCCGUGUCGCAGCCGCCGCGGGCGCCCUUGCAGCGCACGCCGAAGUGCGCGCGCUGCCGCAACCACGGCGUGCUGUCUUGGCUCAAGGGCCACAAACGCUACUGCCGCUUCAAAGACUGCACCUGUGAGAAGUGCAUCCUUAUCAUCGAGCGGCAGCGGGUCAUGGCGGCGCAGGUGGCGCUGCGCAGGCAGCAGGCCAACGAGAGCCUCGAGAGCCUCAUCCCCGACUCGCUGCGCUCCCUGCCGGGACCCCCGCCGCCGGGAGACGCCACCUCUGCCCCGCCGCCGCCGACCUCGCAGCCGUCUCAGCCACCGCCGCCGCGACCCGCUGUGGAGUUGGCUGCUGCCGCCGCGCUGCGCUGGGUCGCGGAGCCCCAGCCUGGGGCGCUGCAGGCGCAGCUCGCCAAGCCAGAUUUGACUGAAGAACGACUCGGGGACAGCAGCACAGCGGACACCACUGAGACCUUCAGUGACAAAGACACGGACCAGAGGAGCUCCCCGGACGUGGCCAAAAGUAAGGGCUGCUUCACGCCAGAGAGCCCCGAGAUAGUGUCGGUGGACGAAGGUGGGUACGCGGUCCAGAAGAACGGAGGCAGCUCCGAGAGCCGACCCGACAGCCCCAAGUACCCCGGGGAGCAGAAUCACCUCCUGAUUGAGGGCCCCUCGGGGACCGUGUCUCUGCCCUUCAGCUUGAAAGCCAACAGACCGCCCCUGGAAGUGUUAAAAAAAAUAUUCCCCAACCAGAAGCCCACGGUGCUGGAGCUGAUCCUGAAGGGCUGCGGGGGCGACCUGGUGAGCGCCGUGGAGGUCCUGCUCUCCAGCCGCACCUCCAGCUUGGCCGCGGACCGAACUGCGGCAGAGCCCGAGGGCCUGGUGCUGCCCUCCAGCGGGCACAUCUUUGAACACACCUUGAGCUCCUACCCCAUCUCCUCUUCCAAAUGGUCCGUGGGCUCGGCCUUCAGAGUCCCAGACACGUUGAGGUUUUCCACUGACUCCAGUAACGUGGUCCCCAACCCCCUGGCCGUGCCCCUGCAGCACCCGUUCCCCCAGCACCCCCGGUACCCUCUGAUGCUGAGGAAUACUUUGGCGAGAAACCAGUCUAGCCCCUUUCUGCCCAAUGAUGUCACCCUGUGGAACACCAUGACGUUGCAGCAACAGUACCAGCUGAGGUCCCAGUACGUCAGCCCUUUCCCCACUAACUCUACCAGCGUCUUCAGAAGCUCACCUGUCCUCCCCUCCCGCGUCCCCGAAGACCCUCGGAUACCCAUCCCUGACGAUGGGUGUCCUAUCGUGUCAAAGCAGUCCAUUUACGCCGAGGACGACUACGACGAGAGGUCUGACUCCUCAGACUCUAGAAUACUCAACACAUCAUCUUAAAGUGCUACCCGAUGGGUGGUGACCAGGUGACAUUGCCUGUGCAUUUGAACCCUG